AUGACAACUGUAGAAAAUGAUAAACUGCUAAAAUUGGUAAUGAAUGAUUCUGAGUUAGGCACCAGAUUACUCUCAUUACUACUAUUAAAUAAUAAUAAUAAUAAGACCGAUCUUCUCAAUAAGAUAAAUAACAACACUACAACUCAUACUACAGAAGACGAACAUCGUUUGAAGAAAAGACAGAAAAACACAGAAGCUUCAGCUAGAUUUAGAGCAAGACAGAAGAUUAAAUAUAAAGAAAAUUUAAUUAAAUUAAAUGAAUUAAAUACAAAGAUUAACAAAUUCAAUAACAAAAUAAGUUUGUUAGAAUUGGAAAAUAAAAAUUUGAAAUUAAAAAUACAGAAAUUCAAUGAAUUGAAAACUAAUGAAUUACUAAAUAAUAUUAAAAAAAUAGUAUAUAAAACCUUCCCAUAUCAUGUAAAUAAAUUUCGCAAUUUAAAUAUUAUUUUAUCUAUUCUUUUGCUAUUAUUAUUCUCCCUCUCCCCGGUAGAUUCAGUCUUUAUCAAGUCCAGCAUCUUCAUUGUCUCCAUUUCCUUAUACUCGAUACUUUGUAUAGUCCUGAUCAAGUUCUCAGCAUCACUUUCCCUCCCGUUUGUCUCCGUAUCAAAACUAGUGUCAUCGUCAAUCUCCCUCACAGUAGUAUACUCUUGA